UUCUCUAGGGCACAGAAAACAGUCACUAACUGUAGCGUUAAACACUUUUUCUCUCAUUCCCUCCCCGUUCAACUUGGGUUUUCAAUAGAAAAGCUAGUGUUCUUGAUAUUCAGAAACUUCACUUGACAUUUUUAGGGUUUUCUUUAACCAUUUCUUGGUGUUGUGCAAUUUUGAAAGAAGGAUAAGAUGGUUGAUGAGAGGGAAACCACAAAUGGUCAUGGUUGUGAUUUGAAUUGUAGUAUGGGACCGACAACUGGAGCAACAAAUAAGGGUGGGUUGUUGCUUGAUGGCAAUAGCGGUGGCUUUAGUUUUGGCGAGGGAACUUCUGCAGAGGGUUUAAGAAUCUACAAGAGGAGAAAACGCAGAAAGAUGAGCAACUCGGAUGAAAUGACGAAGAGUAUAUUCAAUGAUAAGAUAAAGGAUGCUGAUGGUGUCGCUUCCGAUCAAGAUGCUCUCAGGUUGAGUUUUGAUGCAUUUCCUAUUGGGGCAGGUGAAUGUUCUCUCAGGCAUUGUAGAAAGAUUGUCUUACAGCAGAUGUAUCAGUCACUUGGUGGGUGUGAAGAUGGUCUUGGUCACUGCAUCCUAAACGCCCUUGUUUCUUAUCCAGAAAGUGGUACGUCUGCAGUUAAGGAACCUCUCGAUGGUGUUGAAAAAAGUGACAACCAAACACAUAAUUGUGCUACAGAACUUUCUCAUUUUAUGUCUAGUGGAUUAUUAAAUCAAUCAGAAAGUUCUACUAUCUCCGGGUUAUGUGGACGUGCAUUCUUUGAUAUUCUAAUGUCUGACAAAUUCUCUGAAUUAUGUGCCCUACUUCUCAAGAAUUUUGAUGGUGUCAAUGUUAACGGGAUUUUGGACGUUAAUGCUAUAAACAUGAGGAUGAAAACUGGAGCUUAUGAAAGUUUACCUAUGCUUUACCUUAAAGAUGUUCAACAGGUAUGGACGAAGCUUCAACAAGUUGGAAAUGAGAUGGUUAUGCUUGCAAAGGGUCUUUCUGACAAAUCUAGGGAUGACUACGAACAGCUGGUUCGCAAAGCCAAGGCAUCAGAAGCUUGUAACUGCCAGGGAUGUGGAGAAAAGGCAGAUGUUGGAAACUGUUUAGUUUGUGAUUCGUGUGAAGAGAUAUACCAUGUGUCCUGUUCAGAGAUUGUUGGUACAGAAAUUCCUCCUAGAAGUUGGUAUUGUGCCAAAUGCGUUUCCAAUGGAAUAGGAUCACCUCAUGAUAAUUGUGUAGUUUGUGAGAAGCUGAAAGCCAUACCAACAAACGCUGAUCAAGUGGAAGAAGAUGUACCGAAUGGGUUUGAGGCAGAUAUGCAUGAUGAAAUAACUGAUGGAAGUUCAAAGAUUUGUUUUAUUUGCAAAUCUGAGGUAAAGAAGGGAGACAAUUUCCGAACUUGUGGGCAUUUGUUAUGUGGUCACAAGUUCUAUCACCACAGGUGCCUAACAAGCAAGCAGUUGGGUGUGUAUGGUCCUAGUUGGUUCUGCCCAUCCUGUUUAUGUCGAGGUUGCCUUGUGGACAAGGAUGAUGAGAAUAUUGUUCUCUGUGAUGGCUGUGAUCAAGCAUAUCAUACAUACUGUAUGUCACCACAACUUCAUUCUAUUCCAAAGGGAAGUUGGUUUUGUGACAAAUGUGACAGGGAACUGAAGCAAAUAAGAAGAAUGAAACUAGCAUAUGAGAAUAUGCAAAAUAAAGUGAAAGUAGAGGAGGGUGGUGGAACUGGAUUGGAGAAGAAAUCAGAAUAUGAGGAUGUGGCUGUGAUGGAUGAAGAUGACGAUGAAGAGAGAGACAAAUCUGGUGGUGGAUUGGAGAUGCUUGUAACAGCAGCUAAAACACUAAGUCAUCAAGAGAGUGAGUAUGGAUACCACUCUUAGGAAUAUGAGAUGAAAGAAACGUUUGUACCAUAAUGUACAAGUUUUUGUUGCAAUUUUAUGGAACUGCGGGACAAGUCUUUUGGUAGGUUGUACACUACUACAUGGAGGUUUCUGUUAACUCGACCAAUACUUCUACCAAUAUUCAGGUUCUUACUUUUCUUACUGGUUUGGGAAGUGGGGGUUGGAUUUCUUUUAGGCUCAUGUAUGUAAGAUUCUGCAGGUUGAUGUCUAACAUAAACUUCAACUUUUGCUAUGUCAAUCUGAGAAUACAGAUGAAGAAGCUGGUAUAGUUAUCGUG